AUGACAAUUGGUGUAGUCACUUUAUUAUAUGACCCAUCAUAUUUGCCAGGGGCAUUAGUUUUAGGGGUACUGCUCCUUAAAUUAGUAUCCCUGUCUUCUCUUGAUAUUGAAACUGCAAUCUUAAUAGAUGAACUGAAGUUUACUAAAUAUCAAUUGGAACUUUUACUCGAAUUAUAUGAUGUUUUAAUUCCAGUUCAAACUUUUAGUUCACUGUUACACGAGAAACUUGUAAAUGAUUUACAAAGACCGGAGCUUGCCAAGACAUUCACUAAGGUUGCACUUUGGGGGUUGAGUAGAUACCUGAAGAUACUUUACUUGGAUGCUGAUACUUUACCAGAAUGGAAUCAAGAUCAUACGAUUUUAGAUUUAUUAAAAUUAAGCUUCCCACAAAAUAAAGUUCUUGCGGUGCCUGAUUCAGGGUUCCCAGAUAUUUUCAAUUCUGGAGUUUUUGUAUUACAACCGAAUGCCAGAGAUUAUGAAAACUUAUUAAUCCUUGUGGAAGAAUCACUUCACAACCCUGAUGUAUCAUUUGAUGGGGCAGAUCAAGGAUUAUUGAACCAAUAUUUUAAUCCUCAACCCAAUUGGGUUGUUGAUCUUCUUGAGAAUGAUCAAGGACUUCCUAAUGAUAUUGGAAAUAUUGAAUCAACACAGACAACAAAUUGGAUAAAAAUUCCAUUUGUUUACAAUGUUACGCCAUCUAGUGAAUAUGAAUACCUUCCAGCAUAUAAAUAUUUCACUAAUUCUACCAAUGACAAGGGAGGAGCUUUACCGACAAUUGGUUCUACAUCACCAGUAGACCUUAAAAACCUUGGGGUUGAUUCAAUUGACAAUAAUUCUCUAGAAGUUUCAACUAAGAAUACUUUGAACAGAUAUUCAAGUUCAGCUAAAAAGUACUUUAGAAAGGGCAAUCAAAUUAAACUUAUGCACUUUAUUGGGCCAAUCAAACCAUGGCAUUCAGAAAAGGCAAUUGUACUCCAACACGAGAGUCAUGUGCAUAAGAAGUGGUGGAAUUUAUGGGCUGAAUAUUAUGGUACAGCGCUGUCUGUAGAAAGUGUAGUCUUUUGGGAGAAGGCACUUGGUAGUGAUUCGAAUGCCCACGAAAUGUAUUUCACCAAGGGCCAAGAAUCAGGAAUGAGAAGACAAAAGCCAGUCGUUAAUAAAGUGGAAGAUGACCUUGAAUUGGAGAAUGAACCUCCAAAAGUACUGGCAACAGAUCCUAAUGCAUUAUGUGACCCCAGAUCAUAUGUGAAUACCAACAUUAGUACAACAUCUAGUUCCGAUUCUACAUGGGACCCUACGAAGGAACCUCCUCCAAAGUCACUGGGUCAUGAAAUAUCGACAUUCGGUGAAGGUGUGACGACUUUCGAGAAUACUUGGGACAAGUCACAAGAUCAAAUACUUGAGCUGCGACAAGUGGAAGAAGUUCAAGAUUUACCAGAGAAUAAUGAAGAUAAUAGAAGUAAUUACGAGCCAGAGAGAGUUUUCAAUGAUGUUGAAGGUAUCAUUGAGAGUUCACCAACUUCACAGUCUGAUCAAUUAGCGGCAAAAUUGAGAGAAUUAGUUAUGGAGAGUGAGCAAGAAUUAGAAGAUAAUUACGAGGUAGAAGCGGUAACCCAUGAACAAAAGGAACAAUCAUUAGAACCAGUUCAUAACUAUGGAAAAUUAUUUCCCUGGGAAUACCGAGAAGAGGUCCACGCACCAGAAAGAACUUUUGAAUAA